CAGAAAGCAAAUGUUUAUGCUGUCCGUGGUCGAGAGCUUGCCUCAGCCGGAAUAAAUUCUGAACUAUCGUCAACAUGACCGUGUACGAUUGUAGAACGAGAUGUAACAGCACCACAUCUGAACUCAUCGUAUCUCCGGACGGAUCAACUAUCUGUCUGCUGAACUCAUAUCAGAACUCUGACUGCCAAGAUAUCGAGUCACAAGGAUUGUCCCUCCAUAACAAGAUGUCAGACGUUGUCAGAGUGAUGAGCAGGAACAACUCUGGACUGGACGUCAGGGAUAGGAUCUGGCUGAAACUCAAGAUACCGGAUGCUUUUACUGGAACAAAUCUUGUGAACUGGCUGUAUCGAAACGUCCACGGAUUUUCAGACAGAAGAGAGGCUAGAAAAUACGCUACUGGACUUUUGAAAGGAGGAUUUAUAGUCUCGGCGGUGAACAAUCAGACUUUCUCAGAACAAAGAUACUAUCACAUCUCUCCUCACUUCAAUAGCCAUGUCCACCCUAACGCUAUACAGAAGAACUCCGAGCACCUUACUCCCCCGGAGUCAACGUUCUACUCUAACCCUUGUUUCGACUCUCCCUCCUCGCCUGCAACCCCGCGACCAGUCUCCCGCCAAUCUUCAAACAGUUCCAUCAGGUCGAAGUCGUGUAAGACGUGGCAGGCGGUCCGUAACAAGUUGACCAGACGAGGAAGCCUCAUCUUUGAUACUUACAAGAGUAACGCUGUGUAGUCGGGACACCGAGCAAGGUCCCCCUCACUAGACCGAGUUUUGAGAUUUGAAGACUGCGAAGAAAUCAAUUCGUCGAUCAAGGAAUUUUUACCUGAUAUUGAACCCGCAAUCGCAGUAUUGCUGAGAGUUUGAAUUUUUGAUGAGAUUUUCACUUACCCAUGAUCAAACAACAAAAGACAUUUUAUUUGUGAGCUGAUUUAUUGUGAUAUUUGCAGCUUUGAUGGCUAAUAAAUAAUAGUUUUUGUCUUUCUUUAUGAUUGACAAGUUACAUGAACUGUUUUUGGUAACGGUAACAUUUGAUCUAUUUUUAUAAUAGAUUUGUAAACUGAAGAUUUCGAUAUAAUUGCUUGCAAUAAAAUUUCCCAUAACGUCAUAAUCUUGAGCUAAGUUCUAAUAUAGAGUAUCGUUAUGACUUGAUGAGGGAUUAUCGACGCUCGACAUUUUGAUUUUUUAAAUAGUGAACAAUUUUACAUUUUUCAUUAAACAUGAAGUCGAUAAACUCACAUCAAAAUUACUGAUUCAAUUGUAACUUAUCGAUUUGUUAUUAAAUAGACAUUAAAUAGUUAAUUAAUUAACUAAUUAAUUUAGAAACCUCCUUAUUAUUCGUGCUUUCGGUUAAUUUCCAAUGUUUAACAUUUAAUAAACCUUAAUAGUUAAUACCUAAUUUGUAACACUUUACUUAAGAUUCCCACUGAUAUUAUGAUUAACACUAUGUCUAUUCUGCCAUACUUAUAUAGUAGUAAUAGUAGUAAUAUUACUAAUAGAGUAGUCCGACUAAUAAAGACUGCUUUCAAUUAAAUUAAAUUGAUAAUUGAAUUUUGAAAUGAGAUUGCCUGUUUCCUAUUUGCCUAUUUACUUUGUUAUGCAUUUUGUUAUUCGUAAUAUGCUGUUUUAAGAAAUCCCUUAUCUG